AUGGAAAAGACAAGCAAUAACCCAGGAAUUAGCAUCCUUAUUAUUGAUGAUGAUGCAAUUUGUCUUUCAGUUCUUGCAGGAGCUCUUACAAAAAUGAAUCAUCAUGUUAUUGCUGUGACCAACCCAUUAGACGCACUAGAAGUACUAAGGAGGAGGAAAGAUAAAAAAUUUGAUCUGAUUUUGUCGGAUGUGCACAUGCCACAUAUGAGUGGCAUUGAGCUCCUUAAACAUGUCGAAGAAGAGUACAAGCUUCCUCUUGUUUGUAAGUAUAAAUACUCCAAUUUUAUACUUCUAAUGUCUGCUGACCAGGAUAGAGACAUCAUCCACAAAGGUUUACAAAGUGGAGCUCUAUUCUACUUUGUGAAGCCUAUUUCUCCACACAAUCUUUCAAAAAUAUGGCAAUUUGCUAUUCCAACAAAGGGUAUAGCUAAUAGCAAUGCUAACUCAAUAGACAUGUCUCGUGUCAUAACAAGUGAUCCUGAUACUUUGAUGCGAAUCUUUAAUCAACAAGAGAUGAUGCACGGUGUCAACAACAUUAUUAACAACAACAACAACGUUUGCAACAAUGACAUUGUGCAAAACUACGCGCCAAUUACUAAUGGCCAAAACAAGGUGAAUGCUACACCAUUAGUCUACACUAACAAUGGUAUUAACAAAAGGCGUAGUAAUUCAGAUGAGAGGGUUGUGAAGAAGAAUAAACCAGCUAUGAAGAAGCCGAAGCUGGUUUGGACUACCUCACUUCAUAGCCGAUUUUUGGAGGCUGUCAAUAACCUUGGUGUAGACAAAGCUGUGCCCAAGAGAAUUUUGGAGUACAUGAAUGUUCCAGGAUUGAAGAGAGAAAAUAUUGCAAGCCAUUUGCAGAAAUAUCGCAUAUUUUUGAAGCGGGUUUCAGAUAUUACAACUGACAAUGAAAAUGGUAUUCCCAAUAAUUGGAAUGAGAGGCCAUUUAGAUCAAGCUUUGUGUUGAAUGAAAUCACCUUUCUUACAGGUAGCAUUCAAGAUCAGUAUCGAGGCCUCGUAGCAGAGCGUUCUCUAGGAAUGACAAAUGAUCCUAAUUUUGAAAUAGGGGAGAGUAGCACCCAAGGAGCUAAUGGUCCAAGGAAACAAGCAAGGUGCGGUGCUCCUAGUGAUCUUAGUGAGGCAGUUCGAAGCCUAAAACAAAAAAUCGAACUACUUGAGAAAUUGCAAAAGCUUCAACGUAUGCAUAAACAAGUUUCUCCUAGUCCUAUUGAUGGCAGGGUUCUAAGCAACCAGCAGUUUCAUCCAGCCAAUUGCAACAAUAAUAAUAACUAUGUCGGGCUUCGAAUUAGUACUGAUGGGGAGCUGAUUAGCCCUACUAACAACACACCAAUAGUUCUUGGUGAUAAUAAUGUUGCUAAUGCUAACUUUGCUAAUGGCAUGCAUGGUAGCAAUAACUUUACUGAAAAUGCUAAUAAUAAUGCUCAAGAGGUCAAUUAUUAUGGAAUGAAUUUUGCUGAUAAUUCUUUUCAUAAUAAUACUAAUACUCCUCUUGCUGAUCUUUUCUCAUCUGAUGUUGAUGAUUGGAAUUUUAACACACCUAAUGUUGAUCAAAUUGCAACUCCUCAAGCAAAUCCCUUUGGAAUGUCACAAGAAAUGCCAAACAUGCAAGGUGGUAUAGGUGAUGAAUUUAUGGAACUUGGUAUUGACAUUCCAAUGGAUCAGGACUAUUUUGACAACAAUUUCGGGUUUGGACCUUUUGAUGCUCAAGGUAAUGCUCAGGGAGGUUUCGCUGAAGGACUUGAUCAGGGAAUUACUAACAAUGGCGACAUCUCUUUCGAUAACUAUGUUACUCAAGAGGGUGGACAAGAAUUCAUCAAUCAGCAGGGAAUUAAUGCUAGCAAUGAUGACAUCCCUUUCGACAACUAUUUUGCUGAGACUGAACUAGAAUUCCUCAAUCAGCAGGAUGGUGGGGCUGAUUUCAUGGGGCCUAACUGA